CUUUCUCUCCCAUUUCCUCCGACUCUGUCUCUACCCACUUCCUCCUCAAUCCUCUUCCCACUACUCUCUCUCUCUCUCUCUCUCUCUCUCUCUCUCUCUCUCUCUCUCUCUCUCUCUCUCUAACAACUGAGUCAUCACCACCCAACCAUGGGCGAGAAGAAGAACGAAGGAGACAACAACAACAACAAGAAAGGUGGAGAUAACAACAAUGACGGCGGAAACAAGAAGAAGAACGAAACGGCAGCCGUCACCGUCGUUUUGAAGGUUGACAUGCAUUGCGAAGGUUGCGCUUCCCGAAUCGUCAAAUGUGUUCGCUCUUUCCAAGGUGUUGAGACUGUGAAAUCGGAGUCGGCUACAGGGAAACUAACGGUGACCGGAGCUUUAGAUCCGGCUAAACUAAGGGAGAAACUUGAAGAGAAGACAAAGAAAAAAGUCGAUUUGGUUUCUCCUCAACCCAAAAAGGACAAAGACAACAAAAACAAAAACGAUGAUGACAACAAAAACAAACCAGAGGAGAAGAAGAAAGCAGAGUCCGAGAAAAAACCCAAAGAGACUCCGGUAACAACGGCGGUACUGAAGCUAAACUUCCAUUGUCAAGGUUGUAUUGGUAAAAUCCAAAAGACUGUCACUAAAACCAAAGGUGUUAAUGGUUUAACGAUGGAUAAAGAGAAGAAUUUGGUAACGGUUAAAGGAACAAUGGAUGUGAAGAAGCUUGUUGAGAGUUUAAGUGAGAAGCUGAAACGUACUGUGGAGAUUGUACCACCGAAGAAAGAUAAAGAGAAUGGUAACGAAGCUGGAGAGAAGAAGAAAGGAGGAGGAGGAGACGGUGGUGGUGGGAAAGAGAAGUCUGGUGGUAAUAAAGGAGGCGGAGGAGAAGGAGUGAAUAUGAUGGAGUAUGUGGCGGCUCAGCCUGCUUACGGGUACGGGUAUUAUCCAGGUGGGCCUUAUGGGUACCCGAUUCAAGCCCACGCGCCACAGAUUUUUAGUGAUGAGAAUCCAAACGCGUGUGUCGUUAUGUGAAGCGGCGGCGGUUUAUGAUGAGAGAAAGAAGUGUGUGGUGGUAGAAAUUUGUAAAUAUGGUUAUAAUCUUUGGGGUAUUUUCGUCUUUUGGGAUUUUCUUAUUACGAGUUUCAGUUUUGGAAUUUUCUUGUUUUUUAACUUUUUUGGUUUUUUUUUUAUCUAGCUGGGCAUAUUUAAUUACUGAAAUUAAAACAUGCAAAUAUAUCCUACAAAGAGAUUUUUAAUAAUUUUCUUUUGUCUUA